AUGAUUAGGCCAGCUCACCUAUUAACCACGAGUUUCUUCUACCCAACUGGUAACACCCCAGCAGUGUGUCUUACGCGCUCCCUUCCCCCAGGCCAGGAUGUUUCCUUACUUCUGCUUGGAUGCGGGGAUGUCCGCAACGUUCUCUUCACUGCAUACGCAGAUCUAGGGUCUGCCCGCAACGUUCUGUUCUACACUCUCAUCCUCGAUGACCUAGAGAAUGAGAAUGUCAAGAACAUCUGGAAUCUCUACAAUGGGGUCCUGGUUAGCACAGCCGCCCUCACGCUGCUGCGAGAUCAAGCAAAAAAGCUAAUAGGAAACACAAAAGCGGCUACGAACUGGAACGAUGGCAAGUAUGGCAAAAUACUUCGAUUCUGCAGCCAUUCAACUUUUUCACAAGUAAUGCAUUUAUGGGAAUUUUAUGCUUUGGACCCCUCCAACAAACAGGCGUUCGAAAAGCAGCAGAGGAAGCUUAAGCAGGGAAUAGAAAAGGCAAAAGAGAUGCAGAAAAAAUUAAUAGGAGAAUCUAGGGUCAUCACUGGUCUUCGCUCUGCAGCGCCCUGCAGUACUUCCGAUGCUGGGGAAUGUUCUAAAAUCUAUGAGCAAUUCUGGGAAGAGGGAGUGGUUCUACGGGAUGCACGGUCAGUCGAUAAGGCACAACAUAUGAAUCCGAUGUUUGGAACCCUAAAUGAACGCCUUGUCCUUCACUAUGGUACUCAACCGCUGCUCGGCUACCACCUUGCAACCGCAUACGCGCCAACCACUACGGAAUCUCCAUUGAAAUAUGAUUCAGUAGAUUUAGCAGACAACCCCGAAGCUGCGAAGGCAGCUUUUGCUCAGUUUUGCGCCUAUACGAAGGCAUUUCGCGCCUGUUCUACACUGUGGACAAUUCGUUUUGUAAAUGCCGACGCCCUGGCGUUUUGUCAUACGCUUCAAAGCCUUGAAUAUCAUGAUGAGACGACCGGUCCAGGGUGGUAUCGUGAUAACUGGCACUACGAACCUUUUGUUUUAGACCCACAAGAAUAUCCUAGUCAAGGAAGCAGAGCCCCAACCUUCUUUGAUGUGAUUGAUACUUCGAAUUUGGUGGAUCACCUUGGAUCUUUGAACCUGCUAGUCGCCACAUGUCCCCUGUUGAAGCGAAUACCUACAUCAGCAGUUUAUACAGAAUUACUGGUUCGACGACGUGAAAAUACUGAUCAAUACGUUAAAUCGCUACUCUCUGGGGAUUUAAUGACUAUUGGUCUGCUGUUUAAGCUCACUCCAAUUCAGUACUGGACUGGCGCGGCAAUAUCAUCAGAUUUCACUGAAAGGACGCUUGAUAUUAGCAGUACGACGGGAGGCCAGUCCCGCUAUAUCAUCCAAUGGUCAAGAAUUGUCACUGAGCCUAUAAUUUUUGAGCCUAAGCAACUGUCUAAUUUGAUGUAUCGGAUGUAUCUAGACAUGUUCAAGGAUGAGGACCCCAUCUAUAUCUCGAAAAUGAAAGCACGAGAUUCCUUGUGGGAUCAAUAUGCAAGCUACACAAGAGCUGGCCUAUGUUCCAUCCUGCGUUUAAUGCAGAAAUCAAGUCUAACGGACUGGAACUCCUUCGUUAGACAAUAUUGCGACUUAAUAACCGAGGACACGCAUCUUAAUAUGGGUUCACUUUAUCUCCAGGAGUUUUACUUGCAUCUCUAUCUCUCAGGCUUACUCACAAUGCCGACCUUUGAGCCUGGUAUGAACGGUAUGGUGUCAACACAUCUACCACGGAGCCCCUUUCGACAUUGGGCCAAUAUUCCUCCAGUAUUGUGUAUCAGCAUGGUUAUUCCCCAUCACAAGCUCACCUUAUUCCAGAACGCGCCGACGCAGAAAUAUGGAACGCCAGUUUCCCAGAUUGUGUUGAAAUCUGAAUUUGGACUGAGUUAUUUUCCAGAUAUACAGCUAAGUUUUGGAGAAGUACAGGUGUCGGGUACGAAAUUUUCAGAAAACUAUGCCCUUGAAGUUAGCGUUGACGACAGAGGAUGGGAUGGUAAUUCUCCCCUAAUUGUUUCUGCAAUGAUUCCUACAUCCUUGGCUCUUCUACUUCCAGACCUGUCAACCGAAGUUCUUUUUGCGCUCAAGAUCACUCCCGUGACUUUAAUGCUCAUAAAGGAGCUCGGGAUGGAGCUGAAGAUUCACGGAUCCUCAUUAGUCGGCGAUGAUGUUUUCAUAACUCGGUAUCGACCGAAUAUGAAGAAUCAUUUGUUUAUUGGCCCCUCGAAACCGAACCCAACAGAGAGCAAAGGCGCAUUGUUAAGGCCCCGGGGAUCCGCAGGAGCGGAUGGAGCUGAAUUGAAAUUUCAUGUACUGCUUGAUUCUGAACAAUCAAAGGCUGUAUCUCUCACCACCCGGGUGGACAUAACAUCACCGCGUUGCCAGGAGGUCUUACGACAAGGUGCUGAGGUUCGCGUGGAACAAAUUUCCCCAUACGAAAUCAGCAUUGAAUUUCAAGGGGAGGCAUUUUAUGAAAAUAUUCGCCUUCCUCUUCCUGUCUUGGUGACAAAUACUAAAACCAGGAUCGCAAGAAAGUCAUCUUAUGUUGAGUUUAUAGCGCCGAUAGCUUCACCAAUGUCCCUGGUACAACGCUCUGAUAAUGUAUAUCCGGUUGGAAUUUAUGAAAACACCCCAAUACUGCAAAAUUUGGACUAUACUGCACUUGACAAGUUACCCAUUCUUGAUGUGAAGAACAAAUCGAAGCUAGGAUGGCUAUGCCCGGUUUUGUCAGACAUGUUUUCUGCUCGAGAACGAAUGGAGCGUGAAAAAUACAGGUCAUCUACUACUAAUUGCCCAGACACACGGGUCAAUUUUAAGGAUUCGCUUUAUGCGUUAUUCGGGUACUUCAGUGGCGUCGAGAAAGAGUCCCAUGCUAUUUUUGGCCUAAAUAACAGUGCAAAUGGUGGAAUUAAUGUAUUAAUAUUUAUUUCGUGUCUACGACUUGAUAUCUCGAACCAGAGCGUGGUCCUUGACGGUGCGGUGUUUCCACUGACGACGAAUCUUGUUCCGAAGAUAGAGCUAUCCCUUAGGGAUUUAACCACCCGUGGCAUGCAGGGAAUCCACGUUGAUGAUGACGAACUCCUACUCUGGAAACAUGUGCUACCUGCAUAUGUGGAGCGGUGCCGAACUUGGGAGCAUUUGCCGUCGUGCGAGUAUAGAGCUUCUGGCAACAUACCGCUCUCGGUCGAAUUCGGUCAGCCGCUUCUUUGCUUAUGCGGCCAAGGCAAAUUCUUCAGCGACUACAAGAUUAGGGGGUUCCCAGAAUGGAAAGAUAUCAAAAAAUACGCAGUCCGCGUUGCCAUAUCGCCAUGCAACUUUGUUCCGUUCGUGGAGAAGGCUUUCACACCAGAUUUGACCGUUAUCGAGAAAACCACACAAGGUCUUUCUCAGAUGAUGAAGGCUUUAGGCAUAAAGGAGGCUCAGCCAAUUGAACUGAACUGGGAAAGCUAA